CGGGAAGUGAGAGGAGCUGUCUCCUUUACGCAUGGUGCUGAAAGUGCCUCUCGCCCCAUAAUGUGGUCGGUCUUUUUCGUGUUUCUGUCUUAUCUGGACAGAAACUUCGUCAAGAGCGAAACCCUCAGCCGUCAUUUAGACGCGGAGAAAGAGAGCAAAGAGAUGUUUUUCAUGCUCAACAGCACUUUCUGCGCAAAAAUGUCACUCGUGGGGGAGAAUUACCUUUACCAAGUGUCAGACGGGGCCGAGGAGGUGCGCUCUGUGGUGAACCCCGCUGGGAAGCUCGUGGACUGCUCUGUCAUUGUGAACCAGAUGCAGGUGAAAUCCUUCAUGCAUGUGUGCAGGCUGGGACUGAAAGAACAGAGAGCCGAGCGACUUUUGGAGACGCCGUUUGCGCGCAUGGAUGAAGCCAAAAUGUUUUGCCGGGAAUUUAACAAGAGACCAGCGCGCACGAAGAGGAUGGUGCCUGCACUGAAGCAGCUGGACAAGGAGGAAGAUGAGAGCUCUGUCAAGAGAUCCAAGAGAGGCUUUACUUAUCCCGGGACGCUCUGGUGUGGAGCGGGGAACAUGGCUGAUAGUUAUGAUCAUCUGGGGGAUUUUGCUGAGACCGACAGCUGUUGCCGUAUCCAUGACCACUGCCCUCAUGUCAUCCAUGCGUUCUCGUCUAAAUAUGGCCACACGAAUUUCAAGUGGCACUCCAUUUGUCACUGCGACUGUGAUAAUGCGUUGAAGGCGUGUCUGAGGAAAGUCAACGACACAGCGUCCCGGGUGGUUGGUCAGGCUUUCUUCAACGUCAUAGGAGUGCCUUGCUUUGAGUUUACCUACGAAGAGCAGUGUGCAGAGCGCCACUGGUAUGGCCUGUGUAAAAGGUACGAGAAGUUCCCAGUUGCUGUGCUGAAAGACUCGAUCCCAUAUGAUUUUGGUGGUAUAGAUGUCAUUGAUGUGCUGACUUUGGCUCCUCCCAAAAAGAAAGUCUCUAUGAAUAGCAACGAAGAGAGGAAACCGGAGAAUACAACCCAGUCUACGAUAUCAGGCUCCCAGAGCGGCGGCCCCGAGGAGCCGUCAAUCAGAAACAUGGUCACAGCUGCCGAGGACUUCAUCAAGGUGCUGGCGACUGUCUCCACCUCUCAAAGCUCCACCGCUGAUCCCGCCAAAGGAGAGACUCAGAGCUCCGAGAGGAAGAAAGGAAAGAACACGGGGAAGAAGAAGCAAAGCACCAAGAAGCACAAAGGAAAAAGAAAAGGGAGAAAGAGAAAGCUGAAAGCAGAGGCAGGCGCAAAAGCAGAGGAAGGAGCCUCGGUUCCUCCCUCUGGCGGCAAAGCAGAAGAGGUCGUCGACGCGAGUAAUUUCAUCAGUGAGGCAGGUGAGAAUGAGCAGCCGAGCAGAAACACAAACAGAUUUACUGAUAGCCAGUACGAUCUGGCGGGGAAAGAGGAGCAUUCCAAUGAAGUCUUGAAAGAUGAACCAGCGAUGGAUAAAGAAACCUCUGAUGUUUCUGUCACGUCAGUCGCUCCUGUCAAGAAGGAGCUGGUGGCACAGGAGACUAAUGCACUUACACUUUACACAGAAAUAACUCCUCUUUCUACAUCAACCGGCACAACUACUGUGAUUCCACAUAAAGCAAAAAGCCGAAGGUCAAGAAAGGGGAGAAGAAAAAAGAGCAAGACAAUUCCCAUUCACCCCCCUACAGAUAUGGUAUCCAAUAUUGCCCUAACAGAUGAAUCCCUCGUGAAAACAAUAGAUAAGUUAAGUAACAUUUCGGUCCCCACCACCAUUAGCAUAACUCCAACAGCACAGCUUGAACAAAAAAAGUUUCAGAGCCCCGCUGAAAGACAUGCCAGUCCCCCCAUUGUGAUCCCCAAAGUCAAAAGGAACAGGUCAAAGGAGAGAGCGGAGGGAGAAGAAAGGAAAAGAAGGAGGAAAAUUGGCUCCGCUGCUCCCAUUGUGGCCGCUGCCCACAAAAAUUCCUCUGCAGACAAUCUCACAGCGAGCGCUGAAGCUGCUGCACCAACCACACCACCGGUCCCUGCCGCAGGACCGUCACAGCCGCAGGUUUCACACAGAUCAGAGAUUUAUGGACGAACAUCCGUCCACAAUACGGCCGUAAACUCAACCUUUAGUGUUCUUAAAACCAAAAGGCAAAGGUCAAAGGAAAGAGGGCAAAGAAACAGAAAGGGGAAAACAGCAUUGCCUCUUCCAAGCAAAAACCCACCUCUCCAUAAUACCUCUGAAAAUGUCGCUGCUGUUCUCCCUGCUUCUGAGAGCAUUAGUGCAGCGAACAGUCCAACACCUACCUCUGUUAUCAGUAGGCCCCCUGUCGACACAAAGACUCCCAGUGACAGAGGGUUUCUCACUACUGUCACAAGAGACCCUUCUGUCAGUAGAAAACCACACAGGCUGAGAGUCGGUCAGGAAAGAAAACCGAGAAAGCAAACCACGCACAGCAGUGGAGUCACCAUCUCUAGCCGCAGUGACACUCUGCAUACGCCGGCGAUGCUUACCAGACUGAACGUCCCAACGGUGCCAUCCAAAACGGACAAACCAGAGGAGCUUAACCUGCAGCGGGCGUCCUACAUGACCACAACAGCCAGAGCCUUCAUGAGCCCGGUUCAGUUAUCCAUGCAGAGAGCGAGAGAGCAGUUCAGUCGGAAAAAGAGAAGAAAAUCAGCCCUCUCUCUUAGACAGCAGUGAGCCGUUUGAUGCCAACAUACAAGGAUAGGGUGAUCAGGCAACUUAGCGAUCUAGCCUAGGUCUUUAUGAUCCAAAAAUGUAAUUUUUGACUGAAAUACUCCAUUUACAGUGUAAUCUUUAAUGGCACAACAGCAUACAGGAAUCAUAUCGUCUGAUUAUAAAAUGAAAAUCAUGGUUUGUAAUUCUGUAUCCUGCCUGUCUCUGCUCUGAUUAUGAAUAUGUGUCAGUUUUUACAGUGUAACCGUCUAUGAAUAAUAAAACAAUUGUUAGAAAAAAAAAGUAGAACAAAACAAUAUGAUCCAAUAUGACUUUUUUUUUUUUUUUCCAAGGUGGCUAUAUAUAUAUAUAUUUUGGAUAAACUCCCAGGCUAUUUCUUGUUUUUCAGAUUCAUUUUCAGGGCAUAUGCCUCAUAAUCUCAGCAUGAAAUAUUUAAUCAAAGGGGGAAAUUAAAACUUGGUGAAUGCACAGGCUAUUCACCAGCUUAACACUAACCUGCUUAGCUUGAUUUUUUUUUUUUUUAAACAGUUCUUUCCAUACUGUAUGCACAAAAUCCAAGCCAAGAAAUUUUGCUAGCAUUCCAA